CAUAGCACACAACAAAAUGGGGGCUUGUGGAUUUCACCUGUCUUUAAUUGUUGUUAGUUUGGGGAUAAAAUUUGUGUGGGGAGAUACAGAUCCCUUUUUCUUGAGUCAUGCGGUGGGAAUCAACUACGGGAGGCUGGCAGACAAUCUGCCACCGCCAUCAAAAGCAGUGGAGCUGAUCAAGAGUAUUAACGCAGGCUAUGUCAAAAUCUACGACGCGGACUCAGAAGUCCUCAAGGCGCUGGCCAACAGCACCCUCCCUGUUGUGAUCACGGUUGCAAAUGAAGAAGUUUCAGGCAUAGCCUCCAGCACUACCACUUCAGACCAAUGGCUUCAAACCAACGUUCUUCCUUACUAUCCCCUAACCAAAAUUUCCAUCAUCAUGGUGGGCAACGAGAUUCUGUCACACACCGAACUACAGUCCGUGUGGCCUCAGCUAGUCCCCGCAAUGCAAAACAUGCACGCCUCCUUACAGAAGUUGAAUCUAGACUCCUCCAUCAAAGUAACCACAUCUAUAGGCAUGGACGCCCUCUCUUCCUCUUACCCGCCCUCCAACGGCUCCUUCAAACAAGAAAUUGCCAUGUCAGUAAUACAGCCCAUGCUCAGCUUCCUCAGUGCCACGGAUUCUUAUUUCUUCCUGGAUGUGUACCCUUUCUUCGCCUGGAAUUCCGACCCCGCCAACAUAUCUCUGGACUAUGUGCUCUUUGGCGAGAUCACGGCGGACGUAGUACAGGACGGCACUCUGAGUUACUCCAACAUGCUGGAUGCACAGCUGGACGCCGCCAUAGCGGCCAUGGCGACGCUGGGCUACGGUGAGGUGAAAGUGGUCAUUAGUGAGACGGGGUGGCCCACCAGUGGCGACUCCAGCGGCGCCACCGUAGCCAACGCCGCCAGCUACAACACAAGACUCGUCAGCAAGUUGUUAUCAAACACUGGUACUCCGCGUCGUCCGCAGACGUUCUUUGCCACAUUCAUCUUCGCCCUCUUUAAUGAAGAUGAGAAGACCGGCCACACCACGGAGCGCAACUGGGGCCUCUUUUACCCUGACGGAACUCCAGUCUACGACAUCGAUCUCUCCGCCGGCGUGAUUAAAACCUCACAUACUCUGGGGGCGGCGUCGUCGUCGUCGGUCGUUUCCUGUGAAUUUGUUUGGGCGAGCAUUUUGUGCUCAACCAAUUUACUUCUCUUAUUUAUUCUUUGAACAAUACGUUUUUAAGGUGUGGCCCUUUGAGGUUGUAAGCGACCCAACAAGCCCAGGGAGUGGAAUUGUUUGUGAGAAAACAAGAAUUAGAAGAUAUGUCAGAGAAAUGCCAGAAAUGGCAGCGCACAACGAUUAAGCUUCAGAUAGUUAUUGUACGAGGAUUUCAUGUUGAGGUGGCGGGCAUGACAGUUCAUAGUAAAACACAAAUCAGAAUCCCAAAUCUGGGUUAC